GGCGGCCCUGGGGAGCGGGCUCGCCUCGCCCAGCCCCGUCCCCCCGCUUCGGGGCCCCGCGGAGGGGGACGGGGUCGCCGCCGGCCGCACCGCCGCGGCCUCCUCGAGGGGGGAGCGGGGCACUAGGCCGGUCGCCAGGGCUGUCGGGGCGGGAGCCCUCUGCGCCUGGGCUGUGGGCAGGCGUGCUGGCGUUAGAAAUGCGUGUGAAGGAAGUGUGUUUUAAAUGAAAGGCUUCAGAGAGAGGCGUCUGGCUCCCCGCGCUGCGCCUUCCCCAGGGGUCUGGUUACGUUUUUAGGAAGUUUCCGUUCCCCUAAGGUUUCUUUUUGCUGUUUGAGGGACUGUUGAGGGAAAUGAGACUGAAUUAGUCAACAACAGCUUCUUGUGCUGGGUUUCCCGUUGGCGCAUUAAAGGAAGCCUUGCUUCGGGGUUUGGGCAGCAGCGGUCUGUUUUUAGGCCUGUGAGACUGGAGCUUUUAGUAACACGAGGAGCAAAAACACGGAGGCCCCCGUUCAGGAGCGAUGCCAAUGCCGGACGCCUCCAAGACUGGCAGAGUCAAGGUGCCCGCAGCCACCAAAGCGCUGAACCCUCGAGACUUUGUGCGCAUCCAGUCUUUGCCUGUUCUCGAUCAGAAGGAAGGGAAGGUCUUAGCUAGAACCCAAACGGUUUAUAAAAGCAGUGAACCUCCCAGGGAGCAGGCGUUCUGGGACAACUACCAUAGGAGGCAAAAGCAGCUCGCUCAGGGGCACUUUACCACCAGCGGGAAGCCGUAUCAGGAGCUCGGAGAGAUUCUCUACACAGACCCAAAGAAACUCACCCUCCACUCCCUGGGACAGCUCGCGCAGGAACCAGUGAAAAAAGAUGUGAAAGAAGGACCACCAAAAGAAGUGGAUACAGUUACUACUGAAAAGUACUUUUUGAAUCCAAAGUCUCAUCCACGCGAAUCAGUGAAGACGCUCACCCCACUUAGACAGACAAGAAAGGAACUGAGGACUGUUAGUAAAGCUCUUGCUCACUCAAGGCGUCAUAUCACUGCUGUGAAGCAAGGUAGAGGAUAUUUUCAUAUACUUCACCAAGAAUCACUGGAGAGGAAGAAUGCGUGGAGAGCAGCACAACAGGCUCAGGACAUGAGAUGGAGAACUACAUGCCAGCCACCUGGAUAUUCAUCUGAUGAGGAGGAGUCUGAGGAAGAGAUAAACAUUUGCUCUCUGACAGAAGGCCACUGCCUGAGGAAGGCAGGGAUAAAGAGGAAAAGAAAGAAGAUGACUUUACGGUCUUUCACUCCUGUUUAUACCAGCGUCUUGAUUCCAAACCCCACUGGAGCAAAAAGUGAACAUCUUUUCCGACAGCUGUGUGCCAUACACUGGCUUUUGGAAGCUUUGACUCUCGAAUCCAGCAGCUCUAUGCAUUCCAUAUUAACCUGCUGGAAUCCAACCGACCCUGGUGGCACUAAAAAAACAUUAGAAGAAAUUGAAGAGGAAAAGUUAACAACAUACAUGUGGGAGCUCUUUAUUACAGACACAAAGAAAUUCACCCAGAAAGCACGACACAGUCCACUUAGGAAGAUAAACAAGACAAUAUCUACUCCAGGCAUCUCUCAGCUUAGUAGUCAGUCAUCUCCCCAUACUCAAACUCCUCAUGGCAGCACACCUUCCCUUGUCUUCUGCUCUGAAGACAAUGUCAACGUGAAUAUAGCUUCAUCUGAUGUUACGAGUGAAUCAGCACAGACUAAAGAAGAAGAAGAAGCUCUUUGCCCCUCCCUGCAGAAAUUAAUCCAGAUAACACAUGAAGAGGUGUCAAAAGAUUUCUAUAAAGAAGAAGAUAUGGUUAAGAAGACUGAACUGCAAUGUUUGCUAUCAAUGGCUCAGAAGGAUGACAGAGUAAACAUGGCAGUCAUUAAGGAGCAAGAGAGUGUAACGUCAGGAGAGCAGAAGCCCAGACGUUCACUCGCUGUGACUGAAAGGAAAGAUGGAACAACCACAGCAACCACUAAAGAGCAGGAGAGUCUAAAGCAGAUGAAAAGAGCCAACGGCUGCCGUAUCAGCUCUUUUAUUAAAAGCAAAUCUAAUUUGUGUGCUGAUAUGAGGCAAAAGUUCACAGCAGUACGUGAGGAAGCAGCUUCUUGUUUACAUGACACCCUAGAGAGCCUUGAAAGGAGGCAGGAAGAGAGAUGCUGUCAAAAAUACCAGGCUUUGAAGCAUAUCAAGUAUUUUAAGAGAGACCUAGAAAGAAUGAGACAAUUGGGCAUGAGAGCUGAAAGAGAACAUGGUGAAGAUGAACUCAAAUGGUUUCCUGUAUUGCUGGCCAGACUCCCAGAGUCUGUGAAGAAUGACCGUUAUGUACAGAAAAUCUUAAAGAAACUGGAAAAAUUUGGCAAGAACCCUGACUUGAGAAUUUGCCCUGACAUAUUUCUUAAGGCUCUGGCUGAUCUCCAAGUGUGGGAGCUGUGUUCUCCAGAAAUUGCUGCAGCUGUGGAGUUCUAGAAGCAAUUUGCAGAAGAGGAAAGCUAGAAGAAAGAGGGAAGAAGGAAGGGAAGAGAAGAGAAUACAUUUAGAAUGUAUACUACUGUGUAGUCUAACCAGGUAACUUAACUUAAAAACUGGCAAUGAUGCCACCUUGUGUUUUUUGUUCUCCUCACAGUUCUUUCCUCUCAGCUACAUGACCAACAGGCAGCAGGUUACAAUGUCUCAGCAUCUUGCAUAUUUUGGGUGUAUCAUGCCUUACAGCCUUAGUGCUCAAGGUGUAGAGAUCAGACUACUUGCAUUUUCUUGAUGUCUGCCCUGAUUUGCAUAGUCAUUAACCAGUGAGGGAGCCUUACCUUAAUGUUCAGUAUAUAAAUCUCUGUUGCUUGCUAUUCCUUUAAAUGUGUUUGUCUUUGCUGUUUCCAUUUUGUUUCUUUUGCUUUUUGUUCCUUUGUAUUAGUGCAAUAGUAACAGUUAAAAAGAUCUGAGCAUUGUUGAAUCUCCUAUCUGCUUAUUUACAUGUCUUUCAAAAAGAACCACAGAGGAAGGAGGGCUUUCGUGUUCCUUCUGACUGGAACAGAUGAAGGAAAUUGUAGCAUUUUAGGAGCAAGAAGAGCAUCACUGAAUAUGAACUGGUUGAUACUGACAAAAGACAGACAUAGGUUCCAAAUGAAGCUUUUAUUCAACUUCAGGUUGCUUUCCUGUGUUUAGUUCAAUGGUAGGUAGAAGACAGAUGCAAAACAGACUUAAAACAGACUAGACUUUGAAGGGUUUGGGGUAUAAUUUACAGUGCAGAUUGUAGAGUUUUGCUUUUAAUUUAUUUUAGAGCAAAUCCAGUAGUUUUGAGAGUUGUGUUGAAAAAUGUUCUCCUAUUUUCAUCUUUAUUUUGGUGAUAUAAAACACUAUACUGUUUGCAGAGGCUGCUAUGGUUGUUCCAUUGUCACCGUGCUCAGAUUGUCCCACAGCACAUCUGGUUGAUGUUAUCUCUCUCUCCUACACAUAAGUAAAAUGCUCAGGAAAACACCUUUUUCUGUUUCAGUUUGUACGUGAAAGUAUUGUGCAGAUGCCGGAAGAGGAUUUCAGCGAGUGGUUUCAGACAAGAGUAACCCCUCUCAGUGCACAGUCC